AUGGCGAUUCUCUUCCUUCUUCCUCCCAUCGCUUUGCCUGCUACCUUCGACGUGAACAACUACGGUGCCAUUGGAGACGGCAAAACAGACGACUCUCAGGCUUUUUUACGAGCAUGGGCGGCGGUCUGCAAAGAUGCAUCAGCGACGCCCUCUGUUCUAAACAUUGGAUUCAAAACUUUCUUGAUCAAUGCUGUUCUUAACUUCAUGGGCCCAUGCAAGCCAUCCUCCAUCACCGUCCAGAUAACUGGAGUUUUAGUAGCCCCGGGUGAUCUGAGGACAUGGAGAGGAAACAACGAAAAUUGGCUUAUUUUUUCCAGCGUCAACGGGUUGACUUUGGCAGGAACAGGAAUCAUAGAUGGUAAAGGUCAAGCUUGGUGGGACAAGUGCCGAAGUGGUUGCAUUCUUGGCCCCGCCCAAGUCUUGAUGAACGGAUGUAAUAAUUUGGUGGUGAAGGGUUUGAAGCUGGUGAACAGCCAACGAUCGCAUUUGGCCAUCACCAACUGCAACGAUGUUCUGUUGUCUCAACUCACCAUCACUUCGCCGGGGGAUAGCCCCAACACCGACGGCAUCGACGUCUCCAACUCACGUCGAAUCCGGAUCGAAUGGUCAACCAUCGCCACAGGCGAUGACUGCAUCGCCAUCAACCGGGGCACCUACCAAAUCAACAUCACUGGGAUCGCAUGCGGCCCUGGUCAUGGCAUAAGCAUAGGGAGCUUGGGAAAAGAUAAAAGCUCGUCCGAGGAAGUGACGGAUGUGAUCAUGAGGCAGUGCAAUUUUACGAGAACCACGAACGGUGCACGGAUCAAGACAUGGCAAGGCGGAGUGGGUUUUGCGAGUAGAAUCAUAUUCGAAGACAUCAACUUCAUUUCUACUCGAAAUCCUAUCAUCAUCGAUCAAACUUACUAUGACAUGCCUUACGGAUACUACAAGAACGUGCUAGGUGCAGUGAAAGUGACAGGAGUGACGUACCAGCGGAUGCAUGGCACAUCGCCAGACCCGGUGGCAGUGACAUUGACCUGUAGCCCUUUGGCUCCUUGCUCCGGCAUUGUUAUGAAGGAGGUGAUGAUCAGGAGAGACGACGGUGGCGCCACCUCCUCCUCUUGUAGCAACGCCUUCGGAUCCAUCGGCAAAGAAUGCGAGCCUAAAGUCAAUUGCCUGACAACCACCUCCUAA